AGUUGGAAGCUUAGGUGGCCUACAAAUAGACUCAAGUGCUAACAGAAAGCUAUUUGCAAGAUAGACGCGCGUUAGCUGUCGUCAUAAUAAGUCCCAGUUAAACGGCUCUAGUAAAUUUCAAAUCGCUUGCGUUGCUGACGUGGUUUAAAUAAGUUGUUACCGCCGAUUUUGUGUAAUACUAAUUUAAUUACUGUUAGCUAGAUUUCUAUUAUGUCUGCAAUAAAAGUGUUAUUGUGCUGCACACUGCUUGUGGCAUUGGCCAUGAGUCAAGUGCAAGGUUACAGCUUCACAUCAAAGGAGGUCAAAUGUCAUGUGUGCAAGGCAACAGUACAGGAACUAGAGGAGGCCAUUUCCAAGGAGGACGCCAAAAAGAUGGUCGAUGUCAGCGGUUUCCGGCUAGAUGCCAGCGGAAAUUCCGUUACCAAACGCGUUCGCUUCAUUAAAUCCGAGAUGUACUUGACCGAACUCAUGGAGAAGAUUUGUGACAAGAUGGAUGACUAUCUUAAAGCCACGUACAAAAGCAAUAACAAAUUCACUUUGUUAAAGAUGAUUGUCGAUGGCAAAAUGAAUCCCGAAUCUUCGCUCGUUGACUUUGUCCAGGAUGGUGAUCUAAAUAAGAGCUUGGGUCACUUUUGUCUGGAGGUGCUAGAAGACAACGAGGAGACGUUCUUGAAAGCAUUCCAAGCCGAAGAGCUGGGCAAUGAUUUGGAUAUUAAAAUAUGCUCCGAACAGGCCAAAUAUUGCGAUGAAGCACCUGUCCAGGAUGAAUACGAUUUUGAUGGCAAGGAAGAGUUGUGAUUCUAAUCACGUAGUCAAUUCAAAAUGAGCGAAUUUCCAUGAAUGAUCAUCAUUGUUACUAUAUAUCGUCUGCAACAGACUGACCCUAACAAAAUUUAACAUAUAUUUUAUAUAUGCAAGCAUUAAAACGACAAUAAAUCUGAGAGUGAGCCCAA